AUCCCAGCACAAGCGGUGAUUUCUGGAGAUCGCGUUUACGCCUCUGGAAAUAUUGGAUGUACCAGGGAAUGGAAACUUGUUGAAGGUGGUGUAAGAGGACAGACACGAGCAGCCCUUGAAAAUCUGUCUGUGGUUCUCAAAGCUGCAGGAUCAGGUCUAGAACACGUCAUCAAGGUCAACAUAUAUCUGACAGAUCUGGUCAACGAUUUCCAGCCCAUGAACGAAGUGUAUGCCGAGAACCUAAUGCCCGCUCGAACUUGUGUUGGAGUAGCGUGUCUACCUUUGGGGGCUGCUGUUGAAAUCGAGUGCGUUGCGGAUGUAGCGAGUAAAAAUUAG